UUUUUUUUAAUAGAUUUUGUUUUCAGGCCGAUUGGUGCAUGCAGAUCAAGGAACGUUAGAGACUCCAGGCCUUGAAGACUUGUGUUCCAUUACCUUUAUAUUCUGAUCUUUUUCUUUGGAUGUGUCAGUAUUAAUCCCAGCCUGUUAAGAGACUUGCCUCAGCCCUUUGGAUAACUCUGCCAGAUGCGACUUUCUUCCCGGACUGAACUGAGCUGGACAGGCAGCAUGCACAACAGCACUGCUGAAACUCCGCUGAUGGCUGAAACGUGGAAUGAGACUCGGUCCACGCAGUCACCGGGCUCUGAGUUUUCCCUGGGCGUGUUGGUGCUGCUGGCUUUCCUCAUGGUGUUGCUGGCUUUGGUGACCACCCUUGGAAAUGCCCUGGUGAUCCUGGCUUUCAUCAUGGACAGAAACCUCAGGCAUCGGAGUAACUAUUACUUUCUCAAUCUUGCUCUUUCUGACUUUGCAGUAGGUGUGUUCUGUAUUCCUUUGUAUAUCCCUUAUGCCCUGACAGGGACGUGGCACUUGGGAAGAGGCCUGUGCAAGACCUGGCUAGUUAUGGACUAUCUCCUGUGCUCAGCUUCAGUGUUUAACAUCGUUCUUAUCAGCUACGACCGUUUCCUGUCAGUUACAAAAGCUGUAUCUUACAGAGCCCAGCAGGGAAUAACAUCCAACCCUGUCGUCAAGAUGGUGGCCAUCUGGGUCUUUGCGUUUCUCCUCUACUGCCCAGCAAUCCUCUUCUGGGAGCACGUAGCUGGACACAGCGUGGUACCAGUGGACCAGUGCUAUGCCGAGUUCUUCAGCAACUGGCUCUUCCUCCUGUGUGCGUCCACCCUGGAGUUCUUUGUGCCGCUGCUCUUGGUGACCUACUUCAACGUGCACAUCUUCCACAACAUCCAGAGGCGCCAGCGGGGCGGCAGCACCCAGGGCUGCGAGCGUUCAAGGACCAGUAGCCUGUCCUGGAGAUCCUGCCUUGUGCCAAGUCCAGGAGCAUCUUCUCCCCCACUGGAAGCAGAGGACAGUAUUUCUUCAUUAACAAGGCCACAGAGAUCAGCAGUGGAGUCUACCUGUUCAUCUCCAACACAAAACAGCUCCGCAGCUCUAAAAAAGGAUGUUUCUGUUUCUUUUUGCUCAAGGUCUGGCUCAAAACUGCAGAAGGACAAGAGAAUAGCAAAGUCGCUUGCUAUAAUUGUGUGUGUGUUUGCCAUUUGCUGGGCCCCAUACACUUUACUAAUGAUCAUUCGUGGGGCCUGCCAAAGAGAGUGCAUCCAUAAGUCCCUGUAUGAAAUAACCUUUUGGCUUUUGUGGCUCAAUUCCUCUCUGAAUCCAUUUCUCUACCCUCUCUGUCAUAUUAAAUUUCGAAUGGCUUUCAUGAAAAUACUAUGUCCCCAAAACUCUGCAACAUUGAGAUCACCUAAGACAUCUUCGUUUUAGAAAGUUAAAAUAAAUGUCUUACAGAUAAGGUUCCUCUCUUAUAUAGUACUAUUUUCUCAUAUGUAUCUUAAACAGAAGUAGAGAAUAAACUUUUGUUUACUAAUGGCAUUGGUGAAGACUGAGGCAGAGGUAUGCAUUUGCCCCGAUUCUGCUAGUUUUCAGGUUAUCAUUUUUGUUUUUGAUGGUAUUAAGCCAGGUUAAACACCAUCCAGUGCAUUGAAAAGAAUAACAAUUUUUGCUGGAUAUCCUUUGUGGUUUGUGGGUUUGAGGUACUUUUUGUUUUUACUUUUUGUUGCUUUCAGUUUUUUUAAUCUAAAGCUGGUACUAUGAAAGAAUCAUCUAUUGAUAACUCCAUAGAGGUUCAUUGGAAGGAGAUACCUGUUUGUGUGUUGAGUUAAAAUUUAUGUCCUUUUUGUGAACCCAAAGCUCUCAGUGAAGAAACAGUUCUGCUACAGUUUUGGAAGGUUGUAUAAAUACUCACAGGAGCAGUAUAAUUUUGGUUUAAAAACUAUUACAAAGACAAGAUUGUGCCCUGUAGUCAUUAUAAUUCAAACAGUGUAAUUCAAACAUUACAAUUCAAACAACAUGCAAGUGAGUAAACUGCCUAAUCUGGCAUACCUGUCCUUUUCUAAUUCUAAUAUAGUCCAUACCUGGUCUUGUAGGGCACAGGACACCUAAGUUAGUAAUUCUGGAUGAUUUUCAGAGAAUGAAAGUUUCCAUGGUAAUGGGAUUUUGAGCUUGGUUAUAAUCUCAAAGGUCUUUUCCAAUCUAGUUGAUUUUAGGAUUCUAAAAGCAUGUGAUUCUAAAAUCAUCACAGGCAUAAAUGGUUGUUACUCUUUUCAGCAGUAUUGUCUCUUUUCCUGACAGUGGCUGCCUCUUUGGUCAUGCUUAAAUGAUAUUUAGUACCAUAUUUGUGCACUGUUUGGUUACCUAAAAGAUUGACCUGGUUUGGACACAUGAUCACAUCCCUGCUGGAUUGACAGAGCAAGCAAUGGAAAGUUCUUACUGGAUUGAUGAUUUUGGCUGGCUGUGAGAAAAUAGAUGAUACCCUUUCAGGUGUAAAGAUUUGCAAGUGCAAAGAUACUCUAUCAAAAUAUCUGGAACAAAUUUGAACUGGAAGGGUGAUUUUUGUACUAGAUCAGUUCUUUCUGUCCUGUUACUGUAACAUUAUAUGGAUUUUCUCUGCUGAUGGACCAGUAUAAAACUGGAUUUUUUCUAUCACUGAUAGAUGGUUUCUAUCGCUGCUUGAGAAUGGGAUUCACAGAGGUCUGAAAGCUGAUACAGAGGUGUCUUAAGCAGCUGUUAAUAAAGAAAACAGUUGAAUAUGCAGUGCUGGAAGGAGUGCACAGAUGUGUUGGAGAAGCCAAUGGAGCUUGAUUAUAAGCCAUUUCAUGUGGCAAAGUUUUUUACCUUGUGUUGGGUGUUGCAGCUCACCCAGAAGGCUUUAAUGGAUGGGUAAGUGAAAGUCACUGAUUAACUUUUUUUCUCUCUUUUAUGUAAUUUUCUUUCCUCUUUGUACAUGUAUAAAAAUCUAAAAAAUAUGGAAAGAGGAAUCUGAUGCACAGAAAAAUGAAGAGCAAUAGUCAAUUUAAACAGUAUUUUUUAUCUAAUUUGAAAUUGGCUGCAGAAGUGUUACAAAAGCAGAGUACUUUUUUGCAAGCACAAUUCAAACACAUGUAAGCAGCUUAAUCAUAGUGAUGGCUUUGAGGAGCUAAAAUAACAUUCUGUUCAGAGGUCUGGAACUGAAGACUUCUCUUAACAGUUUUCACACUGGUGGAGGAUCAUCUUUCACCACUCAUUUUCAUUAAACUUCCUUACCUCACAUGGAUAGUGUUAUGGGUUGUGAGCCUGAUUGCUAAGAGAGAUACAAUGUCAGGAGGAAGUCAUUGAUUCAGCACACCUGUUUUCACUGUCAUGAGAUAAGGUGCUGGCAUAGAUUUUGUGGUGUUUGUUUUUCUG